AUGUCAAACUCACCAUCCACCGUAUCCUGGUCCUCGGCGCGUGUCCGUGAAGAGUUUUUCAACUUUUUCCGUUCCAAGAACCAUACAUUCGUACCUUCAUCACCCACAAUACCUUUCGACGAUCCCACCCUUCUUUUCGCAAACGCUGGAAUGAAUCAGUACAAGUCCAUCUUUUUGGGCACUGUCGACCCCAAUUCAGAUAUGUCUCGCCUAAAGCGCGCCUUCAAUUCUCAGAAAUGUAUCAGAGCUGGAGGGAAACACAAUGAUCUCGAAGAUGUUGGCAAAGAUUCCUACCACCAUACCUUCUUUGAAAUGCUUGGCAACUGGUCGUUUGGUGACUACUUCAAGAAGGAAGCAAUAGCUUAUUCUUGGGAACUCUUAACGGAUGUCUACAAACUACCCAAGGACCGAUUGUAUGUUACAUACUUCGAAGGUGACCCGAACAACGGGUUAGAACCAGAUCUCGAAGCCAAGCAGUAUUGGCUUGAUCAAGGAGUCGACGAGGAUCACAUUCUUCCUGGAAACGCUAAAGAUAACUUUUGGGAGAUGGGAGCCACUGGGCCAUGCGGACCAUGCACCGAAAUUCAUUUCGAUCGUGUCGGUGGGCGAAAUGCCGCUCAUCUCGUCAACCAAGAUGACCCCGAUGUGCUGGAAAUAUGGAAUAAUGUUUUCAUUCAGUUCAAUCGUGAAGACAACGGUUCACUCAAACCUCUUCCUUCGAAACACGUCGAUACUGGGAUGGGCUUCGAGCGGCUUGUGUCCAUCGUUCAAGAUAAGCGUUCCAACUACGACACUGACGUAUUUCUCCCAAUAUUCGAUAAAAUUCGAGAGUUGACAGGUGUCCGUCCAUACGAGGGACGAUUCGACGCGGAUGACGUGGACGGGAUUGACACAGCGUAUCGCGUUGUCGCAGAUCACAUUCGAACCUUGACAUUUGCUCUGAGCGACGGUGGUAUUCCAAAUAAUGUGGGUCGCGGGUACGUUCUGAGGCGAAUCCUGCGCAGAGGUGCACGAUAUGCAAGAAAGAAACUGGGCGUCAAGAUAGGAUGUUUUUUUUCAUCGUUGUUGCCCGUUGUUGUUGAAACGAUGGGUGCAGUAUUCCCCGAAAUCACAAGAAAGGUUGAUGACAUCAAGGAAAUAUUGGAUGAGGAAGAGGAAUCCUUUUCUCGAACAUUGGAUCGAGGGGAAAAAUUGUUUGACCAAUUUGCCACACGCGCUAAGGAGCAGGGGUUAAAGGAGCUUAACGGCAGAGAUGUCUGGAGACUGUAUGACACUUUUGGAUUUCCGGUGGACCUUACACGUUUGAUGGCGGAAGAGCUAGGAUUGGGAGUCAACGAUCAAGAGUUUGAAGAGGCUCAGGCAUGGUCGAAAGAAGCAAGCAAGGCGUCCAGCAAGCAAGUUGGCACCAGUAUUGUUAAACUGGAUGUGCAUGACACCGCGGCUUUAGAAAAAGACACCGACAUCCCAAAAACCGAUGACUCUGCGAAAUUUAACUUGGGAAACAUAAGGGCUUUGGUGAAAGCUAUUUUUUACGAGAAGAGCUUCCCGCAGUCAACAGAUAUAAUGCCGGAAGGGGCGACUUUUGGUAUCAUCCUUGAUAAAACGAGCUUUUACGCAGAAGCCGGUGGACAGGAAUACGAUACUGGCAACAUUGUAAUCGAUGGAGUAGCGGAUUUCGAGGUCACCAAUGUUCAGUCAUACAAUGGGUAUGUUUUACAUACUGGCCACCUCAAAUACGGUCAACUUGCUGUUGGAAAAGAGGUGAUUUCAUCUUAUGAUGAACUUCGGCGAUGGCCUUUGCGUAACAACCACACUGCAACUCACAUCCUCAAUUUCUGCCUCCGAGAAGUUCUUGGCGACCACAUUGAUCAAAAAGGCUCUUUGGUCGCCCCAACCAAACUUCGGUUCGACUUUUCUCACAAGGCGCAAAUUUCACAUUCGGAACUGUCGAGAAUUGAGGCAACCAGUGUUGAUUGGAUUAAGCGAAACGUCAAGGUCUUCAGUAAAGAUCUCGAAUUAGAAACUGCGUCAAAGAUUCCUGGGUUGAGGGCAGUGUUUGGGGAAUCAUAUCCCGAUCCUGUUCGGGUGGUAACUUUAGAGUAUGAUGUGGACGAAAUUGCGAAGGACAUUGAGAAUCCCAAAUGGCGCAGAACUAGUGUUGAAUUUUGCGGUGGAACUCACGUUGCUAGAACGGGUGACAUCAAAGACUUCAUAAUCACAGAGGAAUCUGGUAUCGCCAAAGGGAUACGUCGCAUUGUUGCUAUAACUGGGCAUGAGGCCCACAGCGCUGCCCGGCAUGCGCUGCUACUUCAAGGAAGGCUGGAACAAAUCGAUUCUUUGACUGGGAAGAACAAGGAUGCUGCUCUGAAGGCAUUGAGCAUUGAGCUUGGUCAGGCAGACAUCUCUGUCCUGAAAAAAGCCGAGCUCAGGGAUCGACUGGCCGUUAUACGCAAGGCUGUCGAUAAACAAGUCAAAGAAAGAGAGGCAGUUGUCAACAGAGAGGCAAUCGAUACCAUUCAACGACAUUUCAACGACAACGAAAAAGCGGAAACCUACAUCGCAUCGCUCAACGUGGAUGGAAACGCGAAAAUUCUUCAGGCCGUUAUCUCACAAGGAAGGAAACUUCAAAAGGCGGUAUAUCUCUUCAGCGUUGAUCCCGAGAGCAACACAGUUGCACACGUCAAUUACGUCCCCCCCGAAUUCAAAACCAAGGGAGCUGAUGCUCGGACCUGGGCAAGCAAGGUCGUUGGUAUCUUGGGUGGCAAGGCGGGCGGAAAGGAAGACUCUGCACAAGGGGUGGGUUCCGAUGGUCACAGACUUGACGAAGCACUUGUUGCUGCCCAACUAUAUGUGGAUGAAAUUUUGUAGUAUUAGUAUUUGUGACCUCUGCUGAACGAGACUCUCAUUAGAAAUGACUAAAGUUUACAUAGUU